AUCCAUUUUGCACUGGCGAGAAAGUUUUCCUUUGCUAUAGCAUGGGCUGGUAGUAGUUUAAGCUUGCUUUGCUUAGCUUUCGAAACACGUGUCUCAGCUCGAAUAAUGCUUUCUUGAGGGGGGGAAGAGGAAGAACAUUUGCAAGCAGGCUCCAGCUUUGGGCUAUGCAAAUAACCACGUCGUCUUGGAGAGAGCCAGGAGUUUAGUCCUGCCAUGUGGAAAUUUCAGGCAAAGCGUUUCGGUCCGUUAAAGUGUAGCAGAAGCACCUGAUUAACAGCCUCGGUUUGCUUGGUCUAGACUUCAAUAUCAAUCUGCUCAAAACCAAAACCUACAGUGUUUAUAACAUUUUGAGCAUAGCCUGGUUAAAGAGAGAAGUAUGGGAUGAGACAUCUUUUUAUGUGUGGUUGACAGCAGGGAUUGGUUGAGUGCUUCUCCAGCUGAAGACAAUGGGACUUACAGAUGUCUUGAGGCUCGACUUUAUUGAGGCUAAUGUUACAACAGCCACGCUGACUUUUCUGGUGGUAAUGUUGGCUUUCCUUGCUUGGCACACCACCUCUUCAUUCUCCAGGCUUGAUAAAGUGGGAGUCCGUCAUCCUCCAUCUUUGCCUUUCAUUGGAAAUCUGCUAUAUUUUCGUGAGGGCUUUUGGGAGAGCCACAACAAGCUGAUCAGUGAUUAUGGACCUUCUUGUGGCAUAUCGCAUCCUCCGUGCUCCUCCUUCGUGCCAUCCGGUGCAACUCUCAAUCCGGUUGUCUCUCUUUCAGUCUUCCGUAACGCCGCUUUCCGGGAGCGCGUGACCACCCCCAUAAUGGGGCGGCUGUAUUACAUUGGUCGACGAAUGUAUAUAGUGGUAUCUGAGCCAGAUAUGAUCAAAUGUAUCUUAGAGGAUGAUUUCAGAAACUUCAGGAACAGAAUGAGUCUGGAUUUGGUUUUUAAGCCAUUUGCAGACAGCAUUGUCAUGUUGCGUGAUGAGAAGUGGGAAAAGGUCCGGAGCAUAUUGACCCCAGCCUUCGGUAUUGCAAAGAUAAAAGAGUUGACUCCAUUAAUUGACGAGGCAUGCAGUAUCCUGCUGAAUAACUUAAAGGUCUAUGCGGAAUCUGGUACUGCUUUUGACAUUCAAAGGAAUUAUGGCUGCUUCAUGUUGGAUAUUGUUGCAAGUGUAGCUUUUGGUACCCCUAUUGAUUCUCAGAAGUCUCCUAAUGACAUUUUUGUUAAGUACACCAGAAGAUUCUUUGAACCUUUAAUAUUUAAACCUCUUCUCAUCCUUGCUGUUGCAUUUCCAUGUAUAAUGAUCCCUCUACUUCGCAUUUUGCCAAAUAAAAAACGAGAUGAAGUGAAUGGUUUUUUUAUCAGUCUCAUCAAGAAUACGAUUACCUUGCGAGAUCAGCAGGAUCCAAAUGAGAGACGCAGAGACUUUCUCCAGCUGAUGCUUGAUGCAUGUAUCCUGACAUCUGACAUCGUCAUGGAGCAAUCGGACAGAGUCAGUCAAGAUGAUAUUUCCGGAGCUCUGCCAAAAAAGCAGCAGAUGUGGUUGAAUGAUGAUGAGAUAGCUGGACAAGCCUCCUUGUUCCUAAUUGCUGGCUAUGAAACCAGCAACAGCACACUUUCCUUUGGCACUUACCUGCUGGCUACUAACCCCCAAUGCCAGGAGAAGCUGCUGCAAGAGGUGGAUGGCUUCUUUUCAAAACAUGACAUUCCAGAUUAUGAAAAUAUACAGGACCUUCCAUAUCUUGAUAUGGUGAUAGCAGAGAUUCUGCGCAUGUAUCCUCCAGCAUUCAGGUUUACCCGGGAAGCAGCAAAAGACUGCUUAGUGCUGCAGCAGCAAGUCCCAGCUGGCACUAUCAUGGAAAUUGCUGUUGGACAUCUCCAUUAUAAUCCAAAGUUCUGGCCAGACCCUGAAAAGUUUAUUCCUGAGAGAUUUACAGCUGAGGCUAUGCAGCAGCAGCAGCAGCCCUUUGCUUAUCUGCCCUUUGGAGCAGGUCCUCGUGGCUGCAUUGGCAUGAAGUUGGGCUUGAUGACGAUAAAAAUGGCACUGUUAAGAAUUUUGCAAAGGUUCAUGUUCAAAACCUGCCCCGAGACCCAGAUCCCUUUGCAGGUCAAAUCUCAUGGCACACUAGGACCAAGGGAUGGCGUCUUCAUCAAGAUUGUUUCUCGUUAAGAUACUGUAGUUGCAUCUUCCCAUUUCUUUUUCAGGAGAUGCUUUGGCUUCCCUCAUGCUGAAAAUCUAUUUGUAACAUGGUAAAACCUGUUAAAGGCAACAAAGCUCUUACCUCAGAACACCUUUUUCAGCUUUCUCUUCUACUAUUUCAAAUCUCUAGAGUCUGCCUUCUAGCCUUAGAAGUCAACUUAGAAUGCUAAAUUCCAAAGACAGUUAACCUCUGUGCUGGGAAGACUUAACUGUUAGUGCCUGAUAUGCAUCUAGACUUUGAAAGUAUGUUUAAUUUUUUUGAUGUGUGGAGGGGAAAUUUACUAAUAACAACAAUAGGAUACUCACAAAAUAAACUGCUUCAGCUGUUAUUAAAAACAUAAGUUUUUUUUUCCAGGUUGUUAUAACUGAUCAGUCCUCAGCUUAGCCUCUAUUUUCACUUGUUCCUCCCCUGUCCAAGAUCAUGGGCAGAUUUACCUAGACAAUUGUGCAACUCAAGAUGUAAUUGACAGUCUGGAAUCUAGUAUUUUGCCCUUUCUUCCCACCAGAAACCAAACAAGGCAAUCUUUUCCAAUCUGGUUCCCUAUCCACAUGAUAGCUUAUAACCUUUUUCAUCGUCUGGCUUGCUUGGUUAAUGGUAAUUCAUAGUAAUUGUGAGAACUGGAAAUAAAAUAAAAAUGCACUGUUGUUAUUUAUAUAACAUGUUCUAAAUUUUUUUCAAGCAAUUCAUAUUUUCUUUCAGUUGAAAAUUGUUAGCUUUUAAAGCAGAACUUGAAGAAAACUGCUUUUAUCAAUAUUUUAAAGAAUGUGUUUUGUAUAGAAACUGUUCUAAACUGUUCUUGAUUAUUAAAAUGUUAGACAUUAUAUAUAUAGUUUAUGCAUAUACAGGUAGUCCUCAGCUUUCAACCACAAUUGGAACAGGAUUGCUAUUGCUAAGCAAGGAAUUGUUAAGUGAGUUGUAUCUAUUUUACGACCUUUUUUUCCACAGUUAAGUGAACCACUGCAAUUGUAAAGUAAAUAACACAGUAAUUAAACAACUCCGGCUCUCCCCCGCCCCCCAUUGACUGCUUGUUGAAAGCCAGCUGGGAAAGUGGCAAAUGGGAAUCACACAACCUCGGGAUGCUGUAAUUGUUGGAAAUUCAUGCUGGUUCUCAAGCGUCUGCAUUUUGAUCACAUGACAGUGGGGAUACUGUGAUGAUUGUAAUGUGAUGAUUGUAAGUGUGAGCACUGAUCAUAAGUCACUUUUUUCAACGCCAUUGUAACUUUGAACCAUCAUUAAACAAAUGGUUAUAAGUUGAGAAUUAUCUGUAUUUAUUUUACGUGUAGACAAUAAAGGAUUCUAAAAUCA